AUGCCGAAACAACCUAAUGUCGAAUUUCAAUUCGUCAAUUCCACGAUCGAUGCUCCAACGAUGCCUCGAGACCAAGCCGUUCGGGCACUCAUCCGAAAGCAAGCGAUGAAGAAGGCUUCUGCGGCUCGCAGAAAGGAUGGGAAUUAUGGCAAACAUAAUCUUCGCCAGUACCCUGUAUUUGUCGUUGAGCCAGCGAACCAUGUUACGCCCACCGCCGUGGUGGUAUUGGAUCAGGAGGUCCACGAGAACAAUACCACUAUUAUCAAAACCGAGUCCCCGCCGGGCCAUAAUGUCUACAACCAUAAGAAUGUACAGCAGAAGGCAGCGAAUAGAAUGACCAGUCAACAGAGGUGGCUCGCAAAACUUGCACUGAAUCCAAGUCCAUGUGCUAGUCUACCAGCUACGGGGUACGAGCUUACCAAUAUCAAGUCAGACUUUGAUAUUCUAGACUUGUCAACCUUGGCGUCUAUGUUCGCCAGUCGUGCUGUACGAAAUGCGUUGUCACAAUACCCACUCCAAAUUGUCCAUCAGUUACGGACGCAGAAACAAUGGUCAUACUUGGAGUAUCUGCCCAGUCAAUAUGGCCAUUAUGCAUGUUUGAGUGCUGCCACGGACUGUGUAAUUGCUCGCGCAAGGCAAAUUAUUUCUCCGCAUGAUAAUUGGGAAUCUGCGGUUACACAUUUCUACUGCAAAGCGUUAGGCACUUUACAGAAGGCAUUGGAUGAUCCUGUGCAACGAUAUAGUGCUCAGGUCCUUUGUGCUACUGAGAUUUUGGCGCUUUUUGAGCUGCUUGAUCCAACCGGCGAAGCUGCUUGGGUUCGUCAUUCGGCCGGAGCCGCUAGAUUGAUUCAAAUCCGUGGUCCUAACAAUUAUAAUUCCGAUUUUGAAAAGGCACUUUUCAUGGCACACACUGGCCCAAUUAUGACAGAAUGUGUGAUGAACAAUCAAACUUGCUUUCUCGAGGAAGAAUCUUGGCAAGAAGUCUUCCGGUCCAUCAUCCAUGAAGACGAGUUCUUGAUAUCUGACCGAAGUGAAAUCACUAUUAGCCUCAUCAUGAUCAAAGCCUUUCUACCAGGCCUGUUUCGGGAUGUCACCAACAUUAUAUGUGUGGAUUCCGAACCUAAAUCUGACUACGUAAAUGCUGUAAUUGAUGGCCUUCGCCGAGUUCGAGGCAAUCUUCGCAAAUGGCGAGGCAGAUAUGCAAAGAUACUCUUGUCACUUCCUGGCAUGCGUCCCGGAAGCUUGGCAUAUGAUUCUCACUGCAAAGUUUUCUCAACAUACGUUACAUGUUUGAUGAUAUCUAGCCGUCUUUUAGGAACCCUUUCGGCUGUUGAGCGUGCGGAUUGCGAAGAUUGCACUCAGCGACUCUCGGAAGAAAUGUUCGAAUUGACCAUUCAAACGAAAUCUGAGAGCGAACAAACCGCAUUGUUCAUGGCCCAAACUUUUGGUAUUUCCGCCUCGGUUCAAGCAACACAACCUAUUUGGCGAGAGCUCACAGAGAGCGAGUCUGACAUUUAUACCCUAUCCGGUGCUGCUGUGGCUCGCUCAGCAUUCGAGAGUUGGUGCCGAGUUAUUGGACGAAAGAUGCCAAGUUGA